AUCGGGACUUUUUUGUAGACAUUGAUAUCCUCUUUAAAACUUUAGUACAUCACUUUGCUCCAUUGUCAAUGGACUUCCGCAGUGUAUGCGAUAUAUUGUUAUUUUUUGGUAUUUUUUUCACACCAUAGAAUUUUUUAUACGGAACCCUAACUUUUUGAAAAUACUCUAUAGCCUAUGUUCAUCAGGGAUAAUGUAGGAUUCUAAAUUUGUAAAUAAAAACAAAUCGGUCCAGUAGUUUCGGAACCUAUUCAAUACAAAGAAACAAUAAAAUCUUUCCUCUUUAAAAUUUUAGUAUAAAUUAAGGGAAAUGAUCAGAAAUUAAGAAGUUUGUUACCAGCAAUUCGUAACGUAUAUAAGGUCAGAAAUCAAGUUGACUAAUAGUACUAAUUAUAAUAAGUUACAUAGAUUGCUUAUUAGUUAUGUAGCUACUUAGAUUAAACCAAUGCUAUGUUCAUAAUUUCUCAGAAAAUACCUUGUUUUUAGUAUUCAGUUGUUUACUCUGUUCUGGAAUUUAUCGUCACCAUGACUCGCCAUCUCGGAAAAACAAUGCGAGUCAGUUGAAGAGUAUUCGUUGCAAUUGCACCUAGUUAGGCCCGACAAACCUUUUUUAAUGUAUUCUACAACUGUAUUUAAGUUCUGGAAAAUGAUUGAUCCAAUUUUAUUCUUUGUUAUAAUUUUAGUGGUGCCCAAGGCAAAGGGUGCUGUUCCAGGGACAUUCUUUUGGAAACCACGAUUGGGCCUCGACUUGGCUAUCCCCACAACCGAAGCCACCGCUAAUGUUAAUCUGCCCACUGUGGAAAAUAUAGAAGAAGGUCUCGUAAUUUUGGUGGACGGAUACGAGACGGGUCUUACCGUCAUAUCCCUUGUGGCCGGCAUAUCAAGCGCUGGCACGUACCCACAGUUAAAUCCCGCUUCUGGAUAUUUCUACACAAACCUAUAUAGAUGGGCAUUAAGAUAUUUCAGUCUUAUACCAUUCUGGAUGGGAGGUCAUGCAGGCAACUUCGUUGAAACGCACAGGGUGUGGAAAAGAAGAUUUUAUUACAUGGAUGAGUUCAUGCCAAAAUGGAUGCAAAAGCUAUUCUUUUACGUUAAGAAAGAAGAUUGGGAAAAAGAAGAAUGGGAGUUUAAGAGAUUUAAAAAAUACUCUGAAGCUGCAUUUGGCAAACAUUACCGCUAUCCAUCGAAAGUAUUUAACAAUUUUAAAAGUCAAGAGACGACCGAAACUGUCGAAGAUUUAGACUCCGAAAACUCGAUUGGAAAAAAAUAAAUGACAUGAAAUGAUUAUCAAGCAGAUAUAAAUAAAGGACAUACAUCAACAAUGAUAUUUACAUUAAAGCAAUGUUA